GGACGCCAUGCCCAUUAAUUUACAACCCCAAUCUCAUCCUCAAAACAUUUUUCCUUCUGUCGCCAUUUCUCUUUCCGAUAAUGCCGAUGUAAUGUUUGAUGCUAUGGGCUACAGAAAUACCGGAAAUUAUACGGACGAUCAUGCAUCAUAUCAAGGCAAUUCCUCAGAUUAUACACAUCCGGGCAAUAUUGACACGAUGAAUGGACAGUUGAAUUUACCGAAUUACAAUCAAGUCGAAAUCCACACAAACAAUUCUUGUCCGAUCCCAAUAUCUUUUCAGACACUUUGUGGUCCCUCCGUCCCUUAUUCCGAUACAACGAACGGCGGUCCUACUGAUAAUUAUUCGCAACAUUUCGAUCGACAAGUUAAUUUGCAAGCCCAAUCUCAUGCUCCUAUGAAUACUAUGGACUAUGAAAGCACUGGAUAUCAAAGUAAUCCCUCGGUUUCUUGUAUCCAUCCGGGUAACCUUGACACAAUGAAUGGGCGUUUGAAUCCACCGAGUCACAAUCAAGUCGAGACCCACACAAACAAUUCUUAUCAACUCCCAGUAUCAUUUCCAACAUUCUGUGGCUCCUCCGUCCAUCGCUACGAUAUGACGAACAACGGUCCAACUGACAAUCAUUUUCGAUCUAUUUCAUACAUUCUUACGCCAAUACCCACACAAGCAUUUAACAGCUCUAACGUAAUAAACGAGCCCACAAGCCCCGGAUAUUUUCUUGUUACGAAAGUAGAGGAAACCCCAUCAGUGAUAUCAGCUGCUGACAUUGGCGAAAUGUUAGCUAAACUAAUUUAG